CCAAAGGCAAACGCGUCGUUUGCGUUAUUUUCCAAGUGGAGCUGUUGCUGGAUAAUUUUCGGUUAUUCAAGUCCAAGAGGUUAUAACGCUCUUGCCUUAUUUUUACAUUGUUAACAAAAACAGGUGUUUUUGGGGGGAUACUUGAACCAAUAAAAGUUUCUUUGGAUGACAACAAUCGAAUUGGGCUGAAUUUUGGUCCAAAGUGAUUUUGUGUACUUAUUAUGUCGUUUUUCUUCCACAAGUUCAUCAUGUCGGUUGCAAAAUUUUUGAGACCAGUUUUUGGCUUUUGGUCGAGAGGAUUGCACGGUUCUAGGUGCGAAGCUAUUGUCAUUGAUGGCAAAAGCAUAGCAGAUCAAGUGUUGCAAGAGGUAAAGUACGAUGUUGACGUGUGGAUCGGUGCUGGUGAAAGAAGGCCGAAAUUAAUUGCCAUACUGGUUGGGGAAAAUCCUGCCAGCCAAGCAUACGUUGGGAGGAAAAUGAUGGCUGCCAAGAAAGUCGGCAUUGACAGUGAAACCUUGCAUUUCACGACUAAUAUAUGCCAAGCAGAUUUGUUGAAAAGUAUUCAAGAACUAAACCAAGAUCCCCAAGUGGAUGGUAUACUGGUGCAAUUGCCUGUUCCUGCUCACAUAAGUGAAAAAGAAGUUUGCCAUGCUGUCACACCUUCAAAGGACGUUGAUGGUUUUCACUUGAACAACAUUGGAAGGCUAGCUCUUAACAGUAGAGGAAUCAUACCUGCAACUGCACUGGGAGUGAAAGAAUUAAUCGUGAGAUCUAAGAUACCAACUUUUGGCAAAAAUGCUGUAGUCAUUGGAAGGUCAAAGCAUGUUGGUUUGCCAAUUGCUUUAUUGCUGCACUCGGAUGGAAAUGAUGAAUUGCCGGGACUUGACAUGACGACAACAGUUUGCCACAGAUUUACGCCGCGUGCUGAGCUCGAGAGGUAUACAAAGCUUGCAGAUAUCAUUGUGGUAUCAGCAGGGGUCCCUGGUUUGGUAACCAAAGAAAUGAUAAAGCCGGGAGCUUGCGUCAUCGAUGUCGGAAUCACCAGAGUCAAGGUUGGCCAUGAAAAGUACAAGCUAGUUGGUGAUGUAGAUUAUGAAUCAGUUAAGAACGUUGCUGGCUACAUAACACCAGUUCCUGGUGGUGUUGGACCAAUGACCGUGGCCAUGCUCAUGAGAAAUACAUUGGUUGCCGCUAAAUCGCAAAAGAAUGGUAAAUGUUGAACACCUUGGGAUUUACGAUCCAUGUAUUCAGUCCUAUGUAAUUAUUGUAAUUAUAGUAAGCUAUACCUUAAUGUACCUGUACAAACGUAUAUACUAUAUGAUGUUUCAUAUGAUGAUAAAAAAGAAAAACGUUUUAUAAAUCGAGAACCAAAUUAAUAUUUCCCUCUCACGUUUAUCCCCUUAAAUAAUCAAAAGUCGUAAGCUACUCAUUUUUAAUGAACAAAAACCCACUUAUGUAAAUAAUUACUUACAGAAAUUAUACUGAUGCACUAAAUUUUGUUAGCGCGAGACUUACGAUAAGUACUCUAUUUA